AUGUAUGCAGCGCACAACAAGAAUUAUUUCAAAAACGAGUUGGGCUACUGUGAACCUUUAACGGUGGAAUUUAUAGCGGGUCUAGUUACAAAAGAGGCUCGUCAAAUACUGGAUCCGCGUUUAAGGCCACGCUAUAAACAAUUACGUUUUCAUUUGUAUACGAGACAAAAUCCAUACGAGAAACAAAACAUGUUCACUGGCCAGCAGGAUUCUAUACAAAGAUCCAAUUUUAAUGUCAUGUGGCCCACAAGAAUUUCUUUCCACGGUUGGAAUGGUCAAACGAAAACUUGCUCCAGUGCUGCCAUUAAAGAUGCCUAUCUUGCGAAAGGAGACUUUAAUGUCAUUCUAGUCGAUUGGAGCGAUUAUGCCUUGAACAUUAACUACUUGCGUGUGAUAAAUGAAAUUUUUGAAAUAGCCAAACAAUUUAAUGCUUUCACUCGAUUCCUAUAUGAAACCACUAAAAUUCACUUCAAAGAUAUGUAUUUAAUUGGUCACAGCUAUGGUAGCCAUAUAGCUGGUAUAGCGGGGAAACUAUUAAAGCCCGAAAAAUAUGGUGUUAUAUAUGCCCUGGAUACAGCUGGACCCAUACACUCAGUGCUCAAUGAUAAUUGGCGUUUAGCUGCCUCCGAUGCUCUUUACGUUGAAUCAAUACAAACGGAUACUGCAUUGUUUGGUUUUCGUGGUAGUAAUUUGGGUCAUGCUUCAUUCUAUCCCAACUGGGGUUUGGGUCAACCACAUUGUCCAAAUGUUACAGUUAUGGAACCGGAUUUUGCUUGUGAUCAUUUUGGUGCCCUAUAUUAUUUUGUUGAAUCGAUACGUCGUGAUCGAGCAUUUGGUGCGAUACAGUGUAAAAGUUAUGACAGCAUUGUUCAUCAGAAAUGUAAUUGUGGUGCAGAGAAUAAAAACUGUCCGGCUCAGGUUUAUAUGGGCGGAGAACCGGCCCAGCCCAAGAGAGGUGUUUAUUAUUUGAGUACGCGUAAAACGCAACCGUUUGGUUAUGGUGAAGUGUGCAGAAUGAAAAAGGCCAUAGAGCCAACAAUUGUGAGAAUAACAAAUUAGUUUUUAAGACGUUUAAA